CUUUUAUGGAGAGGGGGCUGCAGCGCGAGCGCCGAUAAAGCCCUGAGACUCACUGGCCGCCGUCGCAGUCGAGUUCAGACGCUAAGUCCCGCCGGAUAGUACCGCUCAUUCACAGACCUCCCUCCAGCCGAGAACCAACCCCCCUCACACAGAAAAAAUGGAAGACGAAAUCGCCGCCCUCGUUGUUGACAACGGAUCCGGAAUGUGCAAAGCUGGCUUUGCAGGAGACGACGCUCCACGUGCCGUUUUCCCAUCCAUUGUUGGACGUCCCAGGCAUCAGGGUGUGAUGGUCGGCAUGGGCCAGAAAGACAGCUAUGUCGGCGAUGAGGCGCAGAGCAAGAGGGGAAUCCUGACCCUGAAGUACCCUAUUGAGCACGGUAUUGUCACCAACUGGGACGACAUGGAGAAGAUCUGGCAUCACACCUUCUACAACGAGCUGAGGGUCGCCCCCGAGGAGCACCCCGUCCUGCUCACAGAGGCCCCCCUGAACCCCAAGGCCAACAGAGAAAAGAUGACCCAGAUCAUGUUUGAAACCUUCAACACCCCCGCCAUGUACGUGGCCAUCCAGGCUGUGUUGUCCCUGUACGCCUCUGGACGUACCACCGGUAUUGUCAUGGACUCUGGUGAUGGUGUGACCCACACAGUGCCCAUCUACGAGGGCUACGCCCUGCCCCACGCCAUCCUCAGGUUGGACCUGGCUGGCAGGGACCUGACAGACUACCUCAUGAAGAUCCUGACCGAGAGAGGCUACAGCUUCACCACCACAGCCGAGCGUGAGAUUGUGCGUGAUAUCAAGGAGAAGCUGUGUUAUGCCGCACUGGACUUUGAGCAGGAAAUGGGAACCGCUGCCUCCUCUUCAUCCCUGGAGAAGAGCUACGAGCUGCCCGACGGACAGGUCAUCACCAUCGGAAAUGAGAGGUUCCGUUGCCCAGAGGCCCUCUUCCAGCCUUCCUUCCUCGGAAUGGAGUCUUGCGGUAUCCACGAAACUACCUUCAACAGCAUCAUGAAGUGUGACGUGGACAUCCGUAAGGACCUGUACGCCAACACCGUGAUGUCUGGAGGAACCACCAUGUACCCUGGCAUUGCUGACCGCAUGCAGAAGGAAAUCACUGCCUUGGCACCAUCCACCAUGAAGAUCAAGAUCAUUGCCCCUCCAGAGAGGAAGUACUCUGUCUGGAUCGGAGGCUCCAUCCUUGCUUCCCUGUCCACCUUCCAGCAGAUGUGGAUCAGCAAGCAGGAGUACGACGAGUCCGGCCCCAGCAUUGUCCACAGGAAGUGCUUCUAAACAGACUGUCGGUCCCCCUCCCAAAACACACACUGCUACAAGCCCAAACGACUGGCUCUGCAUACAUGCCUGCACCAACACACUGGUGUAUGCUGAGCCCACAACACCUCUUCCAUUUUCCCUCAUCACUAUGGCACCAUGCCCCCUGAUGGGGAGAAACUCUGCUGGAAGUAGUGUCCCAGGCGGUGUGAAUGUGAGGAACAUGAUGUCCAUUGUUGUGUUUGUAGGUCAUUCCAGAUGUCUUUGUUCACCAUCUUAUUUGCCUCUAUGAAGGUCUAUUCUCUGGUGGGGCCACUGCCCAAAAGGUCUGUAGUAUUGCUUAAUAUGUAAAUUAUGUAAUCUGAAACUUGUUUUUGUUUUUUGUACUUUCAGCCUUAAAACAAUACUUGGUCCAGUUUGUGUUUGUCAUUAUGCAAAAGACAAAGCUUCUACCUUGUAUGGAGGUGUAAGGUUUGUGCAUGGGGCUUCGCGCCUCUUGGUGUACACACAACAACCCAAUAAAAAGCGCACAUGUCUGAGAUUCCA